AUGAAUCGUGUCUGUCGUUCGUUCUUAGACAAAUUUGUUAUUGUGUUCAUUGAUGACAUACUCGUGUACUCUCGGAAGAAGACUGAUCAUGAACAACAUUUACGUUCUAUUCUUCAACUUCUUCGAGAAGAAGAGUUGUACGCUAAGUUCUCUAAGUGCGAGUUCUGGCUUCGCCAAGUACAGUUCCUUGGCCACGUCGUAAAUGAUCAAGGCAUUCAUAUCGACCCGGCCAAGAUUGAAGCCAUUAAGAAGUGGGAGGCCCCGAAAGCUCCUACCGAAAUUCGUAGUUUUCUCGGAUUAGCUGGUUAUUACCGUCGUUUUAUUGAGAACUUUUCUAAGAUCGCACUACCCUUGACUCAAUUGACUCAGAAGACCAAAGACUUUAUUUGGGGUGAACAACAAGAACGAGCUUUCCAAACCCUAAAAGACAAACUGUGUGAAGCACCUGUUCUAGCUUUACUAGAAGGCACCGAAGACUUUGUCGUGUACUGUGACGCUUCACAUCAAGGUCUAGGCUGUGUACUGAUGUAA